AAAAUAAAGAACUUUAUCACAAUAUUCUAAUUUUCUGAGACAGUCCUGUAUAUGUUUGUUGUGUGUGUAUAGUGUAUAUAUAUAUAUAUAUAUAUACAUAUGUAUUUAUGUGCACUACUGUCAAAAGUCACCCCCAUUUUUCCAGUUUUUCUUAAAAUUGAAGCAGUUGAAGUCCAGUGAAUAUCCUGAAAUGGUACAAAGGUCAGCGGCAGACUGCCAGAGGUUAAACAAAAUGGUUUAGGUUACCAAAAACUGAAAAAUAAUGUACAUUUCAGAGUUAUACAAAAAGGCCUUUUUCAGGGAACAAGUCGUGGGUUCACAACUUGCUGCUGUUUUGCAAGUUCUGGAAGUAAAUGAAGCCUCGGAAGUUGAUGCUAACAAUUCCUUCAGGUGUCUCAACUUUUGUUGAAUAUAUACAAACCCUGUGUGUAUAAAUCAGUGUUGGAACAGACUGUUAAUACACACUCUUAAGCAUUAUUUUCACAGUAUUGUACUGCAGGAAGUCGUAUAUUACUAUUAUAAUGGAAAGAAAAAGGCAAUUUACAAAGGAAGACAGACCAUUAUAACCAUUAAAAGUGUGGGUCUUUCCUUUAGAGAAAUGUAGGUGUUCUAAAACUUUUGACCGGCAGUGUAUAUACAUAUAUGUAUAUAUAUAUAAAUCUCCAUGUGUGUGUUUUAACACAUGCUUUGCCUCACCACUUGAUAUGUGGUGUAAACCUGUAGAAGGUGAAGCUAUGUAAACAUCAGGCUUUGGGCUGUAACAGUAAUUCAGUUCAGUGUGAUUCUAUUGAGUGAAAUCUGAUUGGUCCUCCUGUAGAUUUGCCCCCCCUCCCACCGAGGUCUAACCCGUACUCGAUGCAUGAGCUGCUCUGUCGCCUGUUGAGUGCACCUCCUCCUGAAUGAACAUGUACCGUACGGUUUGUUUUAAACAUGUUUUCUGUCUCGUUACAUGCGUACAAUGAAGAUGUCUAUUGAUGGAUGUAAGAUCCAUGAUCUUCGGGGUGUACGGCGGUUUGGCCGUGCUGACCACGAUGGGCUGGACCUUCAUGGCCCUGGUCCUGUCUCACUGCGUGGUGCUCUACAGCGUCGCCAUGGUCAAGAAGAAGUGGCUGUGCUUUGUGGCCGGCCUUACCACGCUGGCCUCCAUCAAGCUGGAGCCCUAUAACUCCUGGCAGGAAGCCCUGGUGACCGGCUCUUUCGACCUUCAAGACAUCCUGUUCUAUGGCGGCUGCGGCUUCAGCAUCCUGCGCUGCAUGAGCUUCGCCUUGGAGAACUGCGAGAGGAAGGACGGCAGCUACACGUUCUGCGACCUGCUGCGAUACAACUUCUACCUCCCCUUCUUCUUCUUCGGUCCCAUCAUGACGUUCGACGGGUUCCAUGCCCAGGUGAACAACACCCAGCUGACCCGCAAGGACAGGGAGCUGUGGAACAUCACCACCAAGGCCUUGAGGCACCUGGGGGUCAUCCUGGUGGUCGACGUCUUCUUCCACUACCUCUACAUCUUGACAAUCCCGAGCGACAUGAAGCUGGUCUCCAAGCUUAGUGACUGGAGUCUGGCCGGUCUGGCGUACUCCAACCUGGUGUACGACUGGGUGAAAGCAGCCGUGAUGUUCGGCGUCAUCAACACGGUGGCGACGCUGGACCACCUGGACCCCCCCCAGCCUCCCAAGUGCAUCACCAUGCUCUACGUCUUCUCUGAGACGCACUUUGACAGAGGCAUCAAUGACUGGCUGUGCAAGUAUGUUUACGACUACAUCGGCGGGGAUCACAACAAAAUCUUCAAGGAGCUCCUGGCGACCUUCUGCACCUUCGCCAUCACCACCUUGUGGCUGGGCCCGUGUGAGCUGGUUUACAUCUGGUCCUUCUUCAACUGCUUCGGCCUCAACUUUGAGCUGUGGGUGGCCAAGUUGUUCUCCCUUCCGCCAUUGUCUACCAUAGAGGGGGUAAUGGGUGAAGCCAUGUCACGCAGGAUCCGGGGGGUGUUCAACGCUGCCAACUUCUGGACCAUCGUCCUCUACAACGUGCUCGCCCUGAACAGUUUGGAGUUCGCCAAGCUGGUGGGAAGACGACUGAUUUUCAAAGGUUUCCCUCUGUCCACCCUCUCCGUGUUAUUUGUGACCUACUGCGGCGUGCAGCUGGUGAAGGAAAGGGAGAGACGGCAAGCCCUCCUGGACGACCCGGAGCCGGCGAAGGCCGUGGACGAGGGCAAAGAAAAGGCCGAAUAAACCCGACAGAAAGCAAACGGACCGUCACAGACUUCACGGUCGACAGUCAGCACCUGUGUUAUUCACACGCCUGUGUCUUCUUCUCUUUCUGUUUUUGCCUUUUUGUUUGUCAGAAGCGAGGCAAUAUUUUGAACUCGGAAAUGUCCUCAAGUGCACUUGCUGUAGAUAAUCGCCGCGCCCUUUGGCACAAAUCCACCGACGGUGCAGUUUUGUAUUUUAUCUGAACAAAAGAUUGUUUAACAAAUGCUAGGCAUGCUAAAUAUUUGUACGAUGCUACAUCUGAGACUAUAUGAAGACAUACAGUAUUGUUAGGGAACGACCACUUUGUGUCAUCAUCAUUUUAAUGAUUAGUUUUAAUUAUUUACUUAAAGUUUGCCUUAGUCAUCUUAGUAGUCAUCUUAAUGUUAACCAAAGGUUUAAAAACACAAAACCAGGAUGUGUGGAGGGCAAUGAAGACGAUGAACAAAGGGUGCUGUGGAGGUCCUCUACAAAGUCACAAUAUAGAUAAAGUGGAGGGAGAAUGUACGAACAAUUGAACGUGGUUCAAACCGCCCAGAGAGCGACAGCUUUCCUCCUCCUCCUCACCCUUGGAGGGUGGGAGGUUUCCCCACAUCUUUACCUCCUUCACAGGAUCCGGGCCCUGCCUGUGAAAGGCAGUGGGCCUUAACAGGGAGUAUAUGGGUCACUCUUAUCCUGCCUGUCACUAAAACCUGCUGCAGCAGCGGGAGAGAGAGAGAGUUCAUUGUAAUGCCUUUAUUUUUCAUUUUAGGGGGUUUUAUUCAACGUGUGUUUGUUUCAACUGUUCGACUUGAAAAUAAAGUUUUGUUUCAUCCUAAAGUAGACUGAGCUUUGCUGCAGAAAAAUCUGGAACUAUUUGUACAAUUUAAUUUUGUUUCAAUCACUGGUGACGCUUUAAUAAGAGACUAAAUAGGC